UCGGACUUGUUAUUGCGUCGCAGCGCGACCCGGAAGCAAUUGGAGAAAGCCAAUCCGAAUGAAUGGAUGUUGACGUCUACACGGAGAUUUUUUUUUUGGUUCCAGAAGUGACGUCGGGUGUCGCUUUCCCCCAAAGACGGCAUUGUUUUGAGCUUCCUUUCCACAUUGUGAUGUCCGGGAUGCGACGGCCACGAGGAUGUUUUCCUGGCCUGAAAUUGCAAUUGUUUUAAUUGGCAAAAAGACAAGGAAAGCAACGUAAACAGAGAUUUCACGGUCAAGACUCGCGCGAAGGAUUGACAUUUUUCCAGCAUCUACCUCGGAACGGCGGCCGCGACGUCCGCGCCCGUUUCACUCUCGACGGCAUCCGAAAGGCAACGUAGGCGAGUUUUUGGUGCGCACGCACCACCGUAUCUCCGCCAUUCGCCGGCUCGUGAAAAGGACGCGUUGAGGAGGCGCCGCGAUGAGGCUGAAGCUGAAAACGGUCUUUGUGCUCUACUUCCUGGUCUCUCUGCUGGGGCUCAUCUACGCGCUGAUGCAGCUGGGUCAACGCUGCGACUGCACGGAGCACGACGCCCCCAAGGAGCGGACCAUAUCUCGACUGCGGGGGGAGCUGCGCCGGCUUCGGGAGCGAGCGAAGAAGUCGGAGGUCGCCGGGCAGCCUCAAAUCGAGUCGUCGCCGCCGCCCACCAUCUUCGUCAUCACGCCGACAUACGCCAGGCUGGUGCAAAAGGCCGAGCUGACCCGCUUGUCCCAGACCUUCCUCCACGUGCCUCGGCUCCACUGGAUCGUCGUGGAGGACUCCCAGACCAAGACGCCGCUGGUGGGGCAACUCUUGGCCCAGUCCGGCCUGUCCUACACGCAUCUGCACGUGGCCACCGCCAGGGAGCGCAAAUUGCAGGAGGGGGAUCCGAGCUGGCUCAAGCCUCGCGGCGUGGAGCAGAGGAACGAGGGCCUGCGCUGGCUCCGAGAGGACCGGGGGGCUCCCGGGGACCGGCGCGGCGGCCAAUCCGGGGUGGUCUACUUCGCCGACGACGACAACACGUACAGCCUGCGGCUGUUCGAAGAGAUGAGGAGCACGCGGCGAGUGUCCGUGUGGCCCGUGGGGCUGGUCGGCGGGAUGAAGUACGAGAAGCCCGUGGUGGAAGGAGGAAAGGUGGUCCGCUUUCACGUGGGCUGGCGUCCCGGUCGUCCCUUCCCCUUGGACAUGGCCGGCUUCGCCGUGUCCCUGGAGCUGCUCCUGGCCAAUCCCGACUCUCGUUUCGACGGCGACGCGCCGACGGGCUUCCUGGAGAGCAGCCUCCUGCAGGGCCUGGUCACCGCUGACCAGCUGGAGCCCAAAGCGGACAACUGUUCCAAAGUGCUGGUGUGGCACACGCGCACCGAGAAGCCCAAGAUGAAGCGCGAAGACGCCCUGCAGGCCCAGGGACUGGGCUCGGACCCGGCUGUGGAGGUCUGACGAGCGGACACAGUAGGGACGUCGUCUUUGUAUGAAAACAAAGUUUUGUCAGGACUCCCGGCGGCCCUCCGGUUGAAAACUCAUGCAUGGCACAUUGUUUUUUUUUUUGUAACGUAAUUUUUGCACGAUAGCCUCACAGAUGCCUUUUUAAGUCGAACAUUUGAAAUCCACCUAGAUUAACAACGAGGAUAAAUUCAUAAACGACGACUCCCCCGAGCCUCGUUUCACGUUCAGUCCAUCCGGCGCAGUAGUUUGAUUGCGACGAGCGGGACGGCGCGGUGCGUAUAAAGUGUUAUUAUUUAUUUAUCGCUGUAGUAUUUGUUCCUCGCGUUGUAUAAAUGUGACACUGACCCCAAAAAAACAAAACAAAACAAGGUUAAACGUUGCUGUUGUCAUUGUUUGUUGAUUAAACGUGAUCACGCGACCUGUACCGGGACAAUUGUUUUGAUGGGAUCGGGGCGGAGUUACGAAACGGACGAGCGGCGGCGGCAACUUUUCCGAGGUGAGGUACACCGACGUACUCGAUGGUUAAACUCUGAAGAAUUGUUGAGCCUUGAAUAGAUAGUAAUCACGGUAAACUCAAAUAUGUAAAGUGUGUGUUGCCUUUGAUUUAUUUUCCUUUUUGUCGACGCGCGUUGCGGUCAGCACGACUGCCUCAUCAUCGUCACCAUCAUCAUCGUCACCGCCGUGGAACCCGGAACCCUCUGUCUGCUUGGCGGUCGCCACGGAAACCUGCUCUUCACAUCAAUGCCGUCCGUACAAAAAGCGUAACACGGGAGACGCCCGCAGAGAUUGAGUCGGAACCACGACGACCGGCAAGGACUGGAGGAGAAGUUCCGAGCGCCGAAGUUUCUGGACAAACGCGGCGGUUUCUACGACCGCCCGGACGAUCCGGAAAAGCGCGCCUCCGGAGGACUGGUCGCAGGCGGACGACGGCGAGACGCUUCUACGCCGGCGCCCCGACGGAGGGUGGAUGAGGAGGAGAAGCUCCAGGAGCCAGCAGAAGCCCGAAAACGACGCGGCCCCCGACCGGGGGGACUCGCUGGCGGACGCUGAGGACCAGGUGCUGAUCCGAGACAAAAAGAGGAUGAAGAGGGGCCGGGAGGAAGUCGCGAACGCGGUGAAGACGAAUGCGGUGAAAACGUAUCGCAAGGCCGCGGACGGAGCUUUUCGUCGAGGGUGGGAGGCGUUCGUGGCCAACGUCUUCGGCGUCACCCUCUCGCCCGUCGACCCGUCCAAACAGCGACGGCGGCGCCGCCUGAGUUUGGGUGGAAUUAUCGAACGCCCGAACGGAAGUAUUCCCUCUGAUUGGACGACGUUUACCGUGACCGUACUAAUUGUUGUAGUUUAAAUAUUCCACCGGCUUCGCUCUUUUGAGCUUUCUUUUCAGGCUUAGCGCGAUGAAAACGUGAAUCGCGUGUUGACGUGUUACCUUUUAAAUAAGCAAUGACUGAUGAGUGGAUGUUUUGAAUCUAUUUAAUGCGUUAUGUAGGUCAUUUGAAAUUUGGUGAGUGAUAUUUUUGUGAAAUAUUGUAACAUAUAUUUAAAAACUCUGUGAGUUAUACUGCGUCUUGUGUAUUAUUUGAGCUUGGGUAAAAAGAAAAGCAAAUAAAGUGAAAAUAGUGAAUGAAAA